CUGCUGCCUCCUUCUUCCCCCCAUCUGGAUCUCUGGCCUCUCCGCUUAACCUAUCGGUCCUUACCGCCGUCUUUCUUUUUUAUAUCUCUGUGGACCUUCCAAUUCGUUGUCAUUAUUGUUUCCACACUGUCCCGGCUCUCCUUCCAGCUCCAAUUACCUUAUUGUUAUUGUCGCUCAUCAUUCCUCCUGGCGCAGCGCUGGGGUUCAUCCCGCCAACAUGAAGUCGCCGACCUCCUCAAUUCUUAGCCUUCUAUAUUUGCUCGCAGCCCCCCUUUCGUCGGUCUACGCAGCUUCAGACUCCGGAUCGAAAGAUGCUCUCUCUCCCUGCGUCGCACGCUCCCCAACCUCCGGUCUCUACUACGAUCUGAACGCUAUCUCUCUUUCCCCGCCCAGCUCCGACCAUGAAAAGUCUCGCAAAACCACCCGCGAAGAAAGCUGGCAUGCCAAGGGCCACGACUACUCGGCAAACUUCACACUGAAUGUCUGCGCUCCGGUGGUGGAGAACAUUACUGAUGUGGUGGGAGUUGAGCCCGAACGCUGGCAGAAUGUCAGUGCCUACUAUACGAAGGAAGGCAAGACAUACUCGAUAGGGCAACAAGCGAACGAGCCUUUCUUCCGCGGACGCAAGCUGGUCUUGAACUACACCGAGGGCUCUCCCUGUGCGAGCGAAUACAUCGGGAAUGGCUCGCGCAACAAGUCCACCAUCAUGUCCUUCCUUUGUGACCGUGAUGCUCAGGGAUCGCAGGCGAUUCCAUCCUUCGUCGGCACUAUGGAUGACUGCACAUACUUCUUCGAGGUUCGGAGCGCUGCUGCCUGUGGCGGCAUUGCCCGCGCCGACGGCCAGGGUCUGGGACCCGCCGGCAUCUUCGGUGUGAUUGCUCUGAUUGCUGUCGCUGCGUACCUCAUCGGUGGUUGCGCCUAUCAGCGGACGGUCAUGCACCAGCGCGGCUGGCGACAAUGUCCGAACUUUAGCCUCUGGGCGGGGAUGCUCGAUUUUGUUAAAGACAUGGUCGUCAUCCUCUUCUCGUCUCUAGGCCGUCUCCUCCGCUGCCGACGAUCCCCUGCGCUCGGCCACCGCAACAAUGGCAGUAUGCAUCGCGGCCGACGGUCCAGCAUCGACGCCGAGAACCGACUAAUAGACCAGCUGGACGAACAAUGGGAAGAUUGAUGGGUUGUUGAUUUACGCGCAGUUCUUCGAUUAGCACCUGCGCAUCUCCUUUUCCUUAAUGUUCUGAAACUCCAUUUUUGAUAGACCCGUUUCGCUUGUCAUACAUUUUUUCCAUUCCGUUAUGUUCUCUUCGGUAUUCAUCGGGUUUUAUUCUAUGUUUUGGGCGUCAUGUAUCUAUCUUGACUGAUGGUCUUCAUUUUGGGUAGUCUGUAUUAUGAGCAUGAGCAUCUGCAGUAUGGUAUAUGAGUUG